AUCAUUCGACUUCAAGUGGUACCUCCUCGUUUAAGCCCAGCCGAUCACUGGUUUCUAUUCCCACUGCCCAUGUGAUGCCGUCUAAUGCCAGCUCUUCACUUUCCAAACACCGGGAAGCUUUCAAGUCUGAUGGCUCAAAAUGGAGUACAAGCUUUGUACGGUCAGGAGGAGGCAGAAAUCAGGGCGCCCUGGACAAUUCUCUUGACAUGAAAGAUGCAAGACCUGUAAGAAAAUGGUCCUCCUUGUCUAAACUCAGCUCACCAAAUACCUGCAGCCAAGAUGGCAGUAGUCAUUCAGUGGAUUCCAGGGCUAGUACAGACAAAGCUGUGUCACCACAAUUAAGGACAAAUGGGCCAAGUUGUUUGCAUGAUAGCAUGGAGUUGCUAAAAAUUGAGGACAAAGAAAUGGGGAAAAAACGAUCUUCUCUACUUGACUGCAAAUACAAAUUUGAAACAUGCAGCAAAGACGAUUUUGUCUCAGAUUCCUCGAGUAGGAGACAUGCCUUAGACUUGACCUACAGUGCCUUACCUGAAAGCAAACCUACGGCAGCCAGUUGUGAAGCUUUCGGACAGAGAUACGCGACUCUGGGACAACAGGCUGUGAGUGGAGCUCCCAUACAGCCAGCCGUGAGGACUCAGAUGUGGCUUAAAGAACAGUUACGUGCAAAUCCCCUGGACUGCAGGACUGCUGAGGAGCCCUACGGCGUAGCUGCGUGGCAUGUGCAGCCGCUUGAAGAUUUUCGAACAGGAGGUGAACAGCCUGUGCAGGUUUUGAGAUUGUAA